CAACGGUUAUAAUUUUACAAAACGUUUCGUUCGGCAAAACACUUGUUCGUUCUGUUAAUGAUCGGUUUUUAUUUUAAUUUUUUUUUUUUUUUUCCUUUUCCGGUAUCCCCGGUAAAUACCGUAUAACGGCCGGGAAUCGCUGUUACGGGUUUUGCCGCCACGAAAACGCAUACGAACGCGCGCGCGCGCACCGAGAACAAUUUUACGAUCGACUGCCGAUGGGAUUUAUACGUGGAGCCGAUGACCAGGAGAACGAUGACGACGGCGGUGUGCGUGUUGGUGGUCGGCGUUUUCGCGGCGACGACCGCGGGCUUCGGGGCCGACGACGACGGUUCGGCCGACUACAACAGUUACCACGGUGCCGAGCCGAGCAGCGGUUACGGCGGCGGGCCCAACCCCAAGCUGCCCGUGAUCCUGAUGCACAAACAGGCGCUGCAGGAGGACGGCGGGUUCCAGUACGCGUUCGCGGCCGACAACGGUCUGCGGCAGGGCGAGUCGAUCCGGCCGGACGGCAGCCGGACGGGCGCGUACUCGUACACGGAUCCCAACGGCAAGGAGGUCAGCGUCAAGUACACGGCCGGCAAGGACGGGUUCCGCAUCAUCCAGGGGGACCACGUGCCGAAAGCGCCCGUGUCCGUGGUACCGGUGUCGCCGACCGGCGGCGGCGGUGCGUACACCACUCACCCGUCGUCCGGUCGCAGCACCGGUCCGGCAAAGAAUAGAUUAUUCGGUGCACCCGGCGGACCUGGUUCUCAGUUUAGCAGAGGUGAUUUCAACACUCCUAGUAAGUACAACUAUGAUGACGGCGAAUCUUUUGGGCCUCCAGCGCCGUACAAAUCAAAAUAUUCAAAGCCUCAGCAACACUAUCGCGUGCACGAAGAAAACAGUGCCGAGCUGGAAGGUAGAUACGACGACGAUGGUUCUUCUGCCUACGACGGCGCUGUAGAUUACAGUAGUCACAGUCCAUUCCGGGCACCUCCUUCCCCCGUACAGGCUGCGGCUUACAGUGGUGGUGCUAGUGAUAACUUACAAAAGAACGAUGAAAGUAGCAAUGAGCGACAACCACAUUCGUUUGGUCGCGGAUAUACAUUCGAAUUCGCCGGCAUCCCCAAGAAUGAUGGGACAUCGGUUGAAUACUAAAACAAAUAACUCUAUUUCUUUUGUUGUGUUUAUUUUUUUUUUAAAUAAGUAUUUAUUAAUCGAUAAUACUUUAUAUAGAUAUUCAGAGGCAACUGAAAAUUGCACCUUUUUUUAAUAUUUCAAAUAAUUGAAUUUAUUUUUAAAAAUCGAGCGAAAAAAAAGAUGAAAAUCUGCGACUUUUAUUUUACCUUGUAUA